UGUUAUCGAUAACAGAUCUGGUUCAAAUGCAUUUAUUUAACUCGACGACAAUAACAAAAGCGAACUGCACAACAUGAAUUUAUGCUGUUAAAAAAUAAAAGCCGUGGUGAAAGUCUAAAUUGGCAGCGAUGGAGGCGUAUAUUCGAAAUGAGUUGAGCGUGAGCAGCGACACAACGCUGGAUCAAGCGACGAUGCACUCGGCUAAGUUGCUGAUCUGGUUGCUGGAUUGCCAGGAUGAGAUGCAGAUGCAGCAGCAGCAGCUGGAAUUAAAUCAUACGGACAUCGAGUGCAUGUUCAAGGCCACAUUGUACCUUCAUGAAUGUUAUGCCCGCUAUGGCGAUGAGCUUGUGGAAGCUGUGCUCCUGCAUUUCACAUAUGCCCAGGCAGCGGUUCGACAAUUCUAUGAGAGCUGCGAGAGAAAUCGGGAGCAGUGCAUUAAACAGUUGUGUGGAUACAUAAUUAACGGCACACGUAAUGGACACACAUAUGCGCCACUCUUGUAUCAAAUGCACAAAGCCUACGCGGAUGUCCAGCCGUCGUGGAGUGUCAUCAAAGAACUCAACUGGUCAGCAUUUGUGGAGAACAAGAACAAUGAGACGCUGGAUGUAGCAACAGCCACUGAGCUGAACAUAGAUGUCCUACAAAUGCGUACACUGGUGAGACGCAUCUUUCGCCUGGCCACAGUGGAGGACAUGAGAAUCGCACUGCAGCGAUCAAUGCAUCACAUUGGCUACGAAUUGUGGCUGCAAUUGUUCCGUGAGCCCAAGGAGAGUAUUUUGUAUAUGCGCUGUUAUCUACUGCGCCAAAUGAUCUGUGAUAUGCUGGCCGAGGGCAUCUCCGGCUCCUCCGACUCCAUGGUAGCCAGUGCCACUGCAAGAUUUGUGCACAACAUUUACAGAUUUGUAGCCAAUGGCAAAAGUAACAAUUUAUCGCGUUUAUUUCGCUCCCUGAUGCAUUUGCGCUUUGCCAACGCUCUUGGCAGCUAUUUGCACGUCUACUGGACACAACACUUGCUCCACUUGCAGCUAGAUGACAUAAAAUUGGCUGAUGAGGCGCCUAUUGUUACUGUUGGUCUCUCCUUGGAUGAGAUGCUCUUCCUCACGCAUUUGCUGCUCAUGCCCAAGUCGCCAUGUCGCACUCAAUUUAUUGGAGAAUUGCGCACGUUGCCGCUGUUCAAUCGUUUGCUGGAAUUACUCAAUAAAGUUGCCUACGUUUAUAGUUAACAAA